UGUUUCCUUUCAAAAAGUUGGUUCAUAAAUAAACAUUUGAACGCUGUAACCAGAGUGGCAAGCUCAUGGAUAAGCCCGUGCGUGUGAACAUCAGAGAGAAAAUGAUGCAACCAAAACAGCUCGUGAGUGCAUUUGCGCCUUUUCCGCGCGGCACCUGGAUUCAUCCGCACGUGCCGAAGGACAACUUUGAUCGUGUCUGCAAAAACAUCUGGAGAAGAGCCAGGAAGGCCACGGAGGUGCUGGGCAGAGACCGAAGUUCACCUGAGACAGCGCAGAAUAAAGACUGCACGGCCCCAGACAACAAACCAAAUCAGUCUAGGGCUGAGGAGCAGCAGAAAGAGACGGAUGAUUUGGGUCUGAGCACAUAUGAGAAGGACAAGCAGCAAUGCCACACUGCCUUCACCCUUCCUUGCCCUUAUCUCUCGGGCCGCAGACAUCCCCAUGUUGCCAAGCUUGCACGGGUACUGAUCCCUGUGAUGGAAAAAGAGAUGAAACGAAAUGAGGAGGAGGCAAAGGGGAAGGGAAAUUUGGAGGAAGAUGUGUCAGAUAAACAAAAGAUUUGGGUCCCCCAAUCCAGCAGCAGAAGAGACAAACCUCAUCCUCUGGCGACAAAUCCUGUCUGCUCUGCCACUGAGGACCACACCCCACACCUGCAGGUUGAGGAAGAUCCUCCACUUCCUUCUAAACUACCUAGGGAUACAUGUGAAAGCGAGGAUGAGACAAAAAUAAGUAGCAGUUCUGACUGUGUUUCUAGCGAUGAUGACGAUUGUGUAACUCUACCUGGGGUGCGAAGGUGCGCCACUGAUAGCAGCGAUGGUGUCUCAGAGAGUGAAAACAAACAGGACUCCCCAUCGUAUAGCACAGAGAAGGACUUUCCUCCACUAUCUACCAUCAAGGCUGGCAUUCUACCAUUUCCCACAGAGCCUCCAGCCUUGGGGAAGAUGCAUAGCCAGUGGGAGAUUCCCCUUUUAUUCCACCCACAUAACGUCCCCACUGCCACUUUGGCAGGCUGUGUGACCGCCCAUACGCAGGCUCUUGUCCAAGGCAAAGCAAAAGCACGUCAGGCAAACUUAAAAAACAACGCACCACCAGUAGCCAAGACGCAGCAAGAGACUUAUGACCUACUGGCUGACUUCCCGGCUCUGCAGCCCCCAAAGAAACCUUUAGCAUUGGGUGUGUUGCGUAACGGGAAUCCCAAGACCAAAGGUGCAAGGGUGAAAAGAGGGCUUACUCACUCACAAAAUCAACGCCAAGAGAGUGGGGCUUCCCAUCAGAGGAGGAAGGAAAAUGUGCCCCACGAGGUCUCCUCCAUCUGUGCAGGAGAUCAGAAAUCUGUGCUGGACCUUCACACGUUUGGCUCGACCGGCCAACGCCACUCUCCCACCAUCAGCUGUGAGGAACUGAAGGCCAACAACCAGCCGCCUCCUAGAGUUGCAGGUACAGAUGGCGUGGAUAAUAUCAAUGCCAGGUCCUGGGCUAGCGCUGCCAGGGCAGGCAUGAAGCAAGCAGCUGCCCCCCAGGAGAAAGCCAGACCUUGUACCUUUAAGCAGAUAGUUCCCAUUAACAGAGCCAAAGCUGGAUAUUCUGCCACUCAGAACUUCCCCAACAAAGUGACUCCUUCCCAUCAGACAGCCCCUCCUAUGUGUCAUGGCCCUAGACCUGGUUACUCUCCCACUCAUCAGGCCAAACUGUGCGUGUGAAAUACCUGUGAAUGUAACAUCUCUCGGCCAGCCCUGAAAACUAUUCUGCCAUCUACCCAGGAGGAUGUUGGUUGACAAAGUAACAGCAAACAAAUAAAUUCUGUUUUUGUUCUCAAUUGAA